AUGCCUACCAUUCAAGAUUCCAAGUGUGUUCUCGUUGUCGGAGCCACGGCGGGCAUCGGUCGCGCACUCGCGCUCGCCAUCCAUGAUCUGCCCUCCAAGCCGACGGUUAUCGUGUCUGGUAGAAGACAAGAGCGUUUGGAUGAACUUGCCAAGAAGAGUGACAGAAUUCAUGGCGCGAAGAUUGAUAUCGAUGCGGAUAGGGAGACGUUGGUUAAGACGGUAGACGGUGUGCUGCAGAAGUAUCCUGAGAUUGACGGCGUUAUCUUCUCCGCUGGCAUCCAGAGAGAAUUCAAGUUCAAGGAACCGGAGCAAAUGAACCUGGACAGUCUCUACAGCGAGUUCAAUACCAAUUAUCUCUCUAUUGUGACUAUGAUUUCGAAGUCCUUCUUACCGCAUUUCUAUAAGGUCGGUAAGCAAGGCCACCCUUGCUUUGUCUCUCCUGUCACGUCCGGACUCGCGAUCGUCCCCGGUCCUUGGGUCCCGAACUAUUGUGCAACGAAGGCCGCGCUCCAUAGUCUGAGUCUCUCGCUCAUCAAGCAAUUGGAGGGCACAAAUGUCCAAAUCAUGGAGAUUAUCCCUCCUCUCGUUGAGUCCGAACUUCACGACUACGAAGGCACUACGGAGCGUCUCUCUAAAAUUUGGAUGCCACUCGACGAGUUCACGAACACUGUCAUGGACGGUCUCAAACGCGGUGACCCUCAGAUCGCGGCGGGGAUGUCGAAGAAGCAGUAUGAGAAGUACGAGCAGGAUAAACUGUCGGCCAUGAUCAGCAUGCCCGGGAAGUGA